CUCUAACUUUUUCUCGUGAACUUUCUGUACGAUAUUCUUCAUUCCUGGCGUGUUCGGAUCAAAAUCUGUUGAAGAAAAGAAUAGAAUUUGGGGUUUAAAGCUUUUUAAUCGUUCUUGACUUUGAUCUUGAAAGUGUUAAGAGAAGAUGUUCGGGAGAGCGCCGAAGAAAAGCGAUAACACGAGGUACUAUGAGAUACUGGGCGUGUCCAAGAACGCUUCACAGGACGAUUUGAAGAAGGCUUACAAGAAAGCUGCAAUCAAGAACCAUCCCGAUAAGGGAGGCGAUCCUGAGAAAUUCAAGGAGUUGGCUCAGGCAUAUGAGGUUCUGAGUGAUCCUGAGAAACGUGAGAUAUAUGAUCAAUAUGGUGAGGAUGCACUCAAGGAAGGAAUGGGUGGUGGUGGUGGUGGCCAUGAUCCAUUUGACAUAUUCCAAUCUUUCUUUGGUGGGAGCCCAUUUGGAGGUGGCAGCAGCAGAGGACGUCGACAGAGGCGGGGAGAAGAUGUGGUUCAUCCUCUGAAGGUUUCUCUUGAGGACCUCUACCAAGGUACCGCAAAGAAGCUCUCACUCUCGCGAAAUGUGAUAUGUUCUAAAUGCAAUGGCAAAGGAUCGAAAUCUGGAGCUUCAACGAAGUGUGCUGGUUGCCAAGGUACUGGUAUGAAGGUUUCAAUUAGGCACCUUGGCCCCUCUAUGAUUCAACAGAUGCAGCAUGCUUGCAAUGAAUGUAAGGGUACUGGUGAGACUAUUGAUGAUAAGGAUCGAUGCCCACAGUGCAAGGGAGAGAAGGUUGUUCCAGAAAAGAAGGUGCUUGAAGUUUUUGUUGAGAAGGGAAUGCAGAAUGGGCAGAAGAUUACCUUCCCUGGUGAAGCUGAUGAAGCGCCUGAUACAGUCACUGGAGAUAUAGUUUUUGUCCUUCAGCAGAAGGAACAUCCCAAGUUCAAGAGGAAGGGUGAAGACCUCUUUUAUGAGCACACAUUGUCUCUCACUGAGGCUCUAUGUGGUUUUCAGUUUGUAUUGACACACCUGGAUGGCAGACAGCUCCUUAUCAAGUCCAGCCCUGGGGAAGUUGUCAAGCCUGAUUCAUUCAAGGCUAUUAAUGAUGAGGGGAUGCCUUUGUACCAGAGGCCAUUCAUGAAAGGGAAGCUUUACAUUCACUUCACUGUGGACUUCCCUGAUUCUCUGACCCCAGAUCAGGUUAAGGCACUAGCGGCUGUUCUGCCACCCAAGCCAUCAUCUGAGCUGACUGACAUGGAGCUGGACGAGUGUGAGGAAACUACGUUGCAUGAUGUUAACAUUGAAGAGGAGAUGCGGAGGAAGCAGCAGUCUCAGGGUCAGGAGGCGUAUGAUGAAGAUGAUGACAUGCACGGUGGUCCUCAGAGGGUGCAGUGUGCCCAACAGUGAUGAUGAUAAAAAUCGAUAGACCUGAGUCCUUUAAUAUGCUUGCAUGAUUGAAGCUACUAAUGUGACUAGUACUUAGAGAUCUUGGGAAUGUGGUGAGAUAACCAUGGAGAGACUUAAGGGACAAAUUUUCAUUCCUAAAAGUUCUUUUAAGGCAGUCAUUUUCAUAUUUUUAUAAUUGUUAAUGUUUUUGUUAUGUGAUGGUUGAAAUCGAACCUUGUGAUUUCUGGCUAAACUUAGAUGGCAGGCCAAACUGAAACUUAUUUGGCAAAAAUAAGCGACAGAAAUUUAUGCAGGUAGAAAAGAAGAUUGAUAUUUUUAUUAGUUUAAUCUUACUAUAUGUGAUGUUUA